AUGUCGAUGUUGGCUGCACUGGGACAGGUGGCCGUGGGCUUGGCGGGAAGCCCGAUGACAUUUUUGGGUCUAGUUCCAAUUUUCGCCGCUGGAUUGGCGUUCAUGAGAUACGUUGAUCACGAUCCCGAAUCACAUCCUAUCAACGUGAAACAUGUUCUUCCAGAGUACGAUUUUGUAGUGGUUGGCGGCGGUUCGGCGGGGGCGGUUGUCGCCUCGCGGCUCUCGGAAAUCGCGAACUGGACGGUGUUGCUUUUGGAGGCGGGAGGGGACGAAAACGAAAUAUCCGACAUACCAACUUUGGCGGGGUACACUCAAAUGUCAGCGAUGGACUGGAUGUACCAAACUUCGCCGCCAGGUGACAGCCCGUACUGCCUGGCCAUGAUAGGCGACCGUUGCAACUGGCCCAGAGGAAAGGUGCUGGGAGGUUCAAGCGUGCUAAACGCCAUGAUAUACAUAAGAGGCAACCGACUUGAUUACGACUAUUGGGAAGCCCAAGGCAACCCAGGAUGGUCUUACCAAGACGUACUCCCUUACUUUCUCAAAUCCGAAGACAAUCGCAACCCGUAUCUGGCCAAAACGAAGUACCACAACACGGGAGGCAUGCUGACCGUACAAGAAGCCCCCUGGCGGACGCCACUGUCGAUAGCUUUUCUCCAGGCCGGGAGGGAGUUGGGGUACGAUAUAAGGGACUGCAAUGGGGAGAAGCAGGCGGGGUUCAUGUUAUCUCAAGGAACUCUAAGACGCGGUUCAAGAUGCUCCACAGCCAAGGCCUUCUUAAGGCCCGUCAGAAGGCGUAGGAAUCUUCAUAUUGCCAUGUACUCUCAGGUUCAAAAGGUUCUGAUACACCCCGCGACUAAACAAGCGUACGGGGUGAAAUUCUUCAGGAAUAACAGACAAUAUUACGUUAGAGCUAGGAGGGAGGUCAUAUUAAGCGCUGGUGCUAUCGGCUCGCCGCAGAUACUAAUGUUGUCAGGUGUCGGUCCCAAAGACCAUUUGGAGUCCUUCAAAAUUCCAGUAUUCAGUGACCUUAAAGUGGGCCAUAACCUUCAAGACCACGUUGGGUUAGGCGGUCUGACCUUCAUAAUAGACGACCCCAUAACCUUUACGAAAAAUAGAUUCCAAACUUUACCUGUGGCCAUGGAGUAUAUCUUGAACGAAAAGGGACCAAUGACGUCUUUAGGGGGGGUGGAAGGAUUAGCAUUUGUUAACACCAAAUACGCACCAAAAUCAGGGUCUUGGCCUGAUAUACAAUUUCAUUUUGCACCCAGUAGCGUUAACUCUGAUGGGGAACAGGUGAAGAAAAUCACCGGUCUCAGGGACAGUGUAUACAAUACAGUGUACAAACCAUUAAAGGAUUCUGAAACUUGGACGAUUCUACCUCUUUUGCUGCGACCUAGAAGUUCCGGCUGGGUUAGGCUAAAAUCCAAAGACCCCAAAGUCUACCCGGAUAUUAACCCCAACUACUUUACUCAUAAGGAGGACAUACAGGUUCUAACAGAAGGCAUACGGAUAGCUUUGAAUGUCUCAAACUCUAACGCCUUUCAAAGAUUCAACUCGAGACCUCACACCAUGGCUUUCCCAGGUUGCAGGCAAUAUGCUUUUGAUACCGACGAAUUUUGGGAAUGUCAAAUUCGGCACUUCACCUUCACCAUCUACCAUCCCACUUCUACAAACAAAAUGGGACCAGAGUAUGACCCAAACGCAGUUGUGGACCCUAGACUAAGGGUCUACGGUAUUAAGGGUCUUAGGGUCAUUGACGCCUCCAUUAUGCCGACCAUAGUUAGUGGAAAUACCAACGCUCCUACUAUUAUGAUUGGUGAAAAAGGGGCGGAUAUGGUAAAGGAGGAUUGGGGAUUGAAAAUUAGAUAG